AUGCUACCGGUGCCCCGAAUCUUGCCACUUGUUUUGACAGCUAUUGCGAGUGCUGCCACGGCUACCCCCAACAACAAUGAUGAUGCUGUAUUUCGAUGGAGCUCUACAGGAGGAGGAUGGCGAGCCAUGUUUGCUUGCAUUGGUUUCUCCAAUGUCUUUCGACAAGCGGGACUAUUCUCGGAAGACGCACCGUCACUCUUUUCGGGGAUUGCCACCACCAGCGGCGCCAGUUGGUUCAAUACGCAACUCUUUUACUCACCAUCAUUCUAUCAACAAACCGUACUGGCGGAAAACCCGCAACAACUCCAUGACUUUACCAUUCGAUGGAUGCAAGCGUAUCAUGCGUUGACACAAGACAUUAUGCCCAUCACCAAUCAUGUGGAAGAGGUUGUCAACAUGACCAGUUUACGACCCAAUGAUACCUCAACCAACACGGAUACCCGACCCAAAGAUGAUAUUCUGACCUUCCUCUGGGAUUUCUACGACCUUGUUCAAUUCUUUGGGGGGAUUGGGGCAACUUUAUUCAGCAAUUGCUGGAGGCUGGAGCAGAUUCGUUUGAAUCCAAUGUCAACAGCAGCACGCAUGAUAUUAGUAGACUGUCGCUAUCCGAAAUCAGGGCCAACUCCACCGGCGCAAGCGCAAGAAGACGAAGGAAAUGACUAUUUUGGGUUGCGAAAGUUCCUCGAAAGGAUAUUCGAAACUCAUCAGGACAUGGCUGUCUAUCUUGGGCCCCAAGAACAAGACCAAUUGCGCUACAGUGUGCCGUUGUCCGCGGGUUACGUGGUUAACGAAACGUUUGCAGGAUUCCUAUACAACACAUUCGACUCUCCAUCCUCAACCGAGUUGCAAACACAUGUGGCAGCGCUCUCACCAGACUUUCACUUUGAUCAGUGGGUAGAUUUUCAUCUCUUUGGUAGCAACGACAAUGCCACAGUCUUGAUCCCCUCCUUUCCCACUGGAGAUACUACGACAGAUAUUUUGGAUCCACCUUUUGGAGGCAAUCCAGAGGGAGCUACUCUCAUUCAACUUUCCGCCGUGAGUUCGGCCUUUGGUGGACCCACCAGUCCAGAGGUACCAUCCUCUUUUGCCCAACUGUUGUCAAGACCUCGAGCCGAGAUACUCGAGUCAAAGGGCUUUCUCGCACAGCGAGCAUUUGAUGAAGCAGUGAGGAAGCUUUACGAAUCAGAGUCUCUGGAUGAGAUGUCCAUUUGCAGUCAGUGGCCCACACGUCCCUGUGGUGCCAAGGAUGGGCGAUUCAUCGAUGGAGGGCUGGCGGACAAUCCUGCAGUGGUCAUUAACGUUGGGCAAUACCAUCAGCAGCAAGAUGCCAAUCUGACCAAGACGCUCAAGUUGGUCCUCACCAACACCAAUGACCAUCUGAAAUUGUCGCUCAACUCCAUCUUGCAAUACUUUUCAACAACCUUCAAUCAGGAAGUUGCUCCCGGUGAACAUGUCUGGCCACCGGGAUUCUUCGGGCCCAUCCGAUCAACGCAGUUCAUGGAACACUUCCUGGACGAAGCAACCUUGCUCAAAAUGUUGGACCCUAUCGGCGACAAUCCCAGCAGCAACACCUCCACAGCCGUACUCCGGGGGACGACCAUUGACAAUCCAGCCUUUGGAAUUCGAGCAGGACAAGUGAUUGAAAUCUUGCUCAUCAAUUUAAAUGCCGAUAUCACCACAUACAUUGCCGGACCUAACCUUAUUCAAGCGACUACAGUUCCAAUGGCGGAGAUGACACGAGAUCUUGCCGCGAGUCAAGAGUUGGUGAGACGAGUUCAAAACUUUUUUGGACUCGUUUCGUCUUCGAACGAUGGAACCAGUAGCGCCACGACACCCGUGCCUUCCGUAAAUGAGGGUGCAUCAAUAGGCGUGAACCGCAAGAGUUUCCAAGGGAAAUGA